UCCGUGAUAAAAAAUACGUGGCAUUUUUUAUUUGAAAAUAUAUUUUGUUUACUUUUCAGUCAGUAUGUGCCCGUAUCCGAUAUCUUGAUAGAUGUUUAUUUCGGUAUUAAAGACUUAGAGAUACGUUUGUUUAGAACUGGUAUUUAUUUGCGCCAAUUAUCGCUUUUAUCUUAUUGUAACUCCCCGACGUCGAUAUAAAGUGCAGUUUUUAUAUAUAAUCGCCCUAUAAUUUAUACCAAAUUGUCCAUUUAAAAUGUCUCAACUGCCAGAACGUCUAUCGAAAUUAUUCAAAAAAAUUGACGAAAACAAAUCAAAGUAUAUCGAAAACUUAAAAGAUGCAGUUGCCAUCGAAUCCGUAUCGGCAUGGCCACAUAAACGAGGCGAAAUCAAGAAAAUGAUUCAGUGGGCCGCCCAAAGACUUGAAAAACUGGGAACGCAAGUUGAAUUAAAGGAUAUCGGGACGCAAAAGCUUCCGGACGGUUCCGAAAUUCCUUUACCUCCCGUUUUAUUCGGUUCCCUUGGAUCUAAUGCCAACAAAAAGACUGUAUUGCUUUAUGGUCACUUGGAUGUCCAACCUGCUUUAAUAGAAGAUGGCUGGGAUUCUCAGCCAUUUGUUUUGACUGAAAGAGAUGGAAAAUUGUUUGGAAGAGGGUCAUCCGAUGACAAAGGACCCGUAUUGGGUUGGAUCCAUGCUAUAGAAGCGUAUCAACAAAUUGGUGCAGAUUUGCCCGUAAAUGUCAAGUUUGUUUUUGAAGGAAUGGAAGAGAGUGGCAGUCUAGGGUUGGACGAGUUAUUAUAUAGCGAAAAAGAUAAAUUCUUAAAGGGAACUGAUUACGUUUGCAUAUCUGAUAACUACUGGUUGGGGUCCGAGAAGCCUUGUAUCACUUACGGACUGCGAGGGGUGUGUUAUUUCCAUAUUGAAGUAGAAUGUGCCUCCAAAGACUUACACAGUGGCGUCUACGGCGGAACCGUGCAUGAAGCAAUGACUGACUUGGUUCACCUUUUGAACACGCUAGUGAGUAAAGACGGCGUGAUUCUUAUUCCCGGUUUAAUGACCGAAGUGGCUCCUUUAACUGAAGAGGAAAAAAAGAUUUAUGGCAAGAUUCAUUUUAAUGUGGACGAAUACAGGUGCGAUGUCGGAUGCGAAACGCUGCUGCACAGUGGGAAGAAGGAAGAGAUUUUGAUGCACAGGUGGCGCUACCCGUCUCUGUCCAUUCAUGGCAUCGAGGGUGCAUUCAGCGAACCGGGUCAAAAGACUGUGAUCCCACGGAAAGUCAUCGGUAAAUUUUCCAUACGGAUCGUUCCCAAUCAGCAACCGGCCAAAAUUGAAAAAUAUGUAGUCGAUUACAUCACGAAAAAAUGGGCGGCAUAUGGCAGUCCCAACACCAUGAAAGUAUAUAUGUCGCACGCGGGGGCUCCGUGGACCGAGGAUCCUUCUCAUCCUCACUACACGGCCGGCAUUAAAGCCACUAAGCACGUCUACGGGAUUGAACCUGACCUGACUCGCGAAGGUGGUUCCAUACCUGUGACUUUAGUACUGCAAGAGGCGACCGGGAAAAACGUCAUUCUGUUACCCGUCGGCGCCGGCGACGACGGAGCCCACUCUCAAAACGAGAAGAUUAAUAUUAGAAACUACAUCGAGGGGACCAAACUCUUGGGCGCCUACUUAUUCGAAGUGUCCCAGCUUUAAGCGCAUUUUGCAAAUAAAACAAGCGUUGGUUUUUUUUCA